AUUCCUUAGAGUCACAUCAAAUAAGUGAUCUUUUUGUAAUUAACAAAAGUUUAGAGGGGUUUAAUGCCAUUAAAGUUCCAAUUAAUUAGCCUAUGACAAUUGACCCCAAAUUGAUUUACUCAAUUGAGCCCAAAUUGGACCCAAAUUAAUGGGUAUUCAACCGGAGUAAAGCGAGUUGAGGACGAGUUUUACCCAUUUUUGUAAUUGACAGGUUGGGUCGGGUGCGUGUUUUGUUAAAGAUCGCCCUGCUAUAUGAAAUUGCCGUUGAUGAAUUUUGGAUCGAUAUUUUACAUGCUUUUGUAAUUUACACGUUAGCACAUGUGUGGAAUUUGUUGAUCAAGUUGAACCCGGUGUUGAUGAAUUUUGCUUCGGAGUAAAGCGAGUUGAGGACGAGUUUUACCCAUUUUUGUAAUUGACAGGUUCGAUCGGGUGCGUGUUUUGUUAAAGAUCGCCUUGCUAUAUCAAAUUGCCGUUGAUGAAUUUUGGAUAGGUAUUUUACAUGCUUUUGUAAUUUACAUGUUAGCACAUGUGUGGAAUUUGUUGAUCGAGUUGAACUCGGUGUUGAUGGAUUUUGCUUCGGGAACGGGUUUCCCAUGCUUCUCUAAUUUAUGGGAUUGAGUCGGUUAUUCUAUAUGCCCAAAUGUUGUCAAACUGCUUUGUGACGCAUCGACAAUGAGUUUUACACGCUUUAUAAGUUACGAGAUUGAGCCAGGUGUGGAUUUUGUUUACCAAAUUGAACCCGGUGUUGACGAGUUUUGAUUGGGAGUGUGUUUUACAUGCCUUCCUAAUUGAUGGGAUUGACUCUGGUGUUCAUUUUGUUAAGCAAGUUCAACCCGGUGUCUACUCAAUUUACGUCGACAAUGAGUUUUACACGUUUCUAAUUUAUGCGAUAGACCCAGGUGUGAAUUUUGUUGAUCGAGUUAAACCCUCUGUUGAUGAGCUUUGUGUCGAGAGCGGAUUUUACAUGCUUUUAUAAUUUAUAAGAUUGAGUCGGUCAUAUAUUUUGUCAAGCCAGUUAAACUCUACUUUUCCACAGUGGCACAUUUGGGUACUUCUGUCUGGUUUUGUGGAGUCUAUGUGCCUUUAUGGAGAUUUACCUCUGCUAAUACUGACCCAAUUAUUGGGACUGGUUUCUACCACUAACAUUUUUAUAUUUUCACUUUUCUUUAUUCCACUUUUACCAACCAUUCAAUUUUAUCAUCUCUGCUAUCCAUCUCUUUCCCUCUCUUAGCAACAAUCUGAAGAAGAAAAAAGGAACACCAAAAUAGAGAGGAAAACCCAAGCUGCAAUAGCAACUCAGCUCCCAUCAGAUUCUUCCACGACGAAUUUCCCAACAAGGGAUCGAAAUUUGGGGCUCAACCGAUGAGGUCUUGCGCAGCGACCGACGCGAUUCAGACGGCGACACUGCAUUAUUCUCGGUAACUCCUCGCCUUCUCUUUGCAUACUCUCAUGCUCACCUCUCUCACUCUACUUCUCUGUUGUGCUUUUUAAAGUUUACAGUUACAGGAGUUUACUUCCAUUCACCUCAUGCUAUUGUGUUGCUAUUUGUUAUUUUUUACAAUUCAUUCAUCGUCUAACCCACUUCUCUGGCCAACCGAAGAGCGGGAAGGGGAGUUCGAGUUUCUGUUCUUCUCCGGACCGGCAAAGAGGAACAAGGCUGACCCCCUCUUUUUUCUCCAAAAGAGAUAGGAACGAUCGGGAAAGAGGAAUGACUAGAGGGUCAACGGGUCCAUGAUUCGUUUCUAGGAAGUGGAACGACGAGAGGUGUGCAGGGAAAGAUGGAGGAAGAUCAACAAGAAGAUUAUAGGUUUUCUUGGCUGGGGAAUGGUGCAUGGGACUUGGCCAGGAGAACGACAGAGUGGAUGAAAAGAAGGCCGACGAGAAGAUUUGUGCUUCAUUUUCGGGUAGGGGAAUGGUGCAAGGGAGGUUGUCAGGGGAACGCCGGAGGGUCGCUUCUGGCCAGGGUAAUGGUGGAGGUGAGGCUUGUGGAUACCAUACGGAAAGGAAGGAUACAUAGUGACAUAUUAAUUUACACGGACAUCACUGCCUUCAAACAAUGGGACACACUGCCUUCAAACAAUGGGAUCUGCAAUUCACUCAGGCUGAAAUCGAAAGGGUAAUGGCGCAAGGGAGGUUGUUAGGGGAACGAUGGAGGGUUGCUUCUGGCCUGGAUAACGGUAGAGGUGAGGACUGUGGAUAUCAUACAGGAAGGAAGGAUAAAUGGAAUUACAAGCAGAUCCAUGCCUUAACAUGAACAUUGUUGGUUUCGAGUGAUGGGAUCCAUAGUUCGCUCAGAUUGAAAAUGAAAGGUAAAUAAUGAACCUUCAUUUUCUAUUUUCAGUUUCGUCUCUCUUGAUAGGGAGAGUUUGUUUAAUCCUUCUCGUAGGAAAUACAGCCUGUUCGUUUGGUAUUACAGAUAGCAUUCUUCGGAUCUCAUUGCCAAAUGCCUACCUAGAUUUCAUUCUUAAUCUUCAUUCUUCAAUUUUUGUGUGUUAUGGUUUGUUUUCCAUCCCUUUUCUGUUGACGAAUCCUUAUUUGUCUGAGUUUGAUCGCAGUUGGUGGUUUGGCACUCUCUAAUUGUUUAGGCACAGUUGGACUUGAUUAACGAAUAAGUAUGAACAAAUUUGAAGGAUACCAUGUUGUUGGUUCUUAUAGCGUUAUAUUAUUUGUUUGUUGCUUUGGUUUAAAAAAUUCUACAAAAUGAUGCCAAUGCUGCCUAGCUACUUAAAUCAUAGUUAAUUGAAAAUAAUUCUAUUGCUUUUGUAUAAAAUUGUCCAUCACUGAUCCCAUAUCAGGAUGCAACUCACCACCUGAGAUUGGAAUACAUGGGCAAGCAUCAUCAUUUUAGUGAUGCAUAUGAUUAGAUGGCGACAUGCUCGAAUGUAUAAACCAACUAUACUGCUACUUCCUAAUCUGGUUAUCAGUAUAAAACCCAAGUUAACAUAAUAUUCAGUGGGUUUUUCGUUUUGUGUUAUUUUUUUCUCUUUUCACUGAGAAUUGUGGCUCUUUACUGGUUAGCUUUGGAAAAUAGUUGGGUUUACUCCUCUUUACUGGUUAGCCUUGGGAAAUGUUUGGGUUUACUUUGGUGAGGUUGCUGCAUUCUUAGCUUUUGGUAAACUGGAACCCCCAGAAUAUGUACUCAUAUCUCAACCAAGACACCAAAGCUUAGUGACUGUAAUAGAGAGUCGUUUUCCCAGUCACCCAAUGUGGUUAAAAACGAGUUUCUAUUUAGAAACGUUUUGGUAAUCUAGAAGCGUAAAAUCGUAAGUAUUUAAGUUUUAAAGCGAGUUUUCAACUACAUAAGUUAUAAAAACGGAGAUUUUGCAUAGAAGCGUUUAAGUGAUCUAGAAACGUAAAAUCGUAAGUUUUUUAGUUUUAAAGCGCGAUUAUGACUACAUUACAGCCGCCCAUUUUGUUGCGAAUUAGUAGAGUUAGUUAGUCGGUUACACGAGUUAGGAUUAGUAUUUAGAUAGACCAGACUUGAGCUUUUCAGUUAUGUAGGUGUUAGUUCCUGAUAUAAUCCAAAUCCGAAGAGAACCCUCGAACUCGGAUGAUAUGACCAAAGUACGCAGCCUUCCUUCUUUUUAAGGGUUUUCGAAGUUUUUCUCCAACUUGAACAAUAAGAAAUAAAAGAUAGAUGC